GCAUUAACAACGAUACUUAUCAGUUGUUUACGUAUUUUUUGUGAUUCUCGGCUGCUUAAUACAAAGUUGUUGUACUUAUUUAAAUGGCAGCUCAGAGUGAUCCGGCUACACCCGGUUAUAACAUUGCUCAAGAUCCAGCAUUGAUAAAGAAUCGUGUUUAUUUCGGCAAUCUACCGCGAUGUACACGCAAGGAACUUGAGAGUAUUUGUCAUUCGUACGGAACAGUUUUGGGUUCGUUGGUGCAAAAGAAUUUUGGUUUUGUGCAAUUCGAAGACGAGGAGACAGCCAAUAAAUGUGCGGAGGCUCUCAACAAAUCCACAUUUAAAUCGAAAACAUUAAUUGUACGCAACGCCAGUCAAAAACCAAAAGCGCCGGUAGCCAACCAAGCAAUUGGCAAUAAUUUGAAUACAGUCGGUGACAUCGGAGCUGGACAAGUUCCCAUGGCUGUGCAAGGUGGCAUUAUGAUGUCAGCGGCUGCUGCAGCAACUGCGGUGCCCAUCAAUGACUGCGAGAUCAUUGUGGUCAAUCGGGAGAAUACCAAAUAUGCGGAAUUCAUUGAAGAACGCUUGACGUUGGCCGGCAUGCGUGUGGAUGUCCUCUUCCCCAACGAGGAUGUGAUGCUGGGCCAAGUGCUCAGCAACAUCUCCGCCCGCGGUUGCCUCUAUGCGGUGCGGGUAACGCCUCAAAAUGAGCUCCACAAAAGCCUUACGGUUAAUAUUCUGUACGGUGUGCCCGCCGAGCACCGCAAUAUGCCGCUGGAAGACGCUAUUCAACUGAUAGCCAGUGAUUUUCGUACGAAGAAGCAACGAGAUGCUGCCGUCAGUAGCAACACACUACGGCAUCCCGAGUCCAUGCAGAAACUCAUUGAAAUGCUGGCUAAUUGUCGCCCAUUAACGGGUUUGCAAUACGAAUGCAUAAUUAAGUAUCUGCAGGAGCAGCAUGAGCUGCAGCUGAGACGGGAAUUGGGCGAUGCAAAGGCUCGCCUGGUUAAGCAUCAGGAGACCGAUCCCGAAAUGGAGCUACAAAAGAAGAUACUCAGUAUUUUGAAUAAACCGGCAGUCACCGAAAUCAACAACGAUCUCAUGUACAACAGCUUCGAGGACGCCAAGGCCGAUGUGCGUCUUAUGGAAUUGUUGAGCGAUAGUCGCGUGUUGAAGGCGCUGGAAAGCAUUUACAACCCAGAACUUUUGGAAACCAUUUCACAAUAUCUUUAGAACAUAACACUUUUAUUAACUGCAUUAGGAUUAACAAUUAAAACUAAGGCCACGAACGCUUAGCCUCAUGUCCCUCGUAUUUGCCUCGGUACUUCAGUCCUGUAACCAGGGUUGAGCUCUUGGGGAACGCUGUUUUUCCAUUGAAUUUCGUAUCCGUUGCCGGGUUGAAACGCAAAUAUUCAUAUUGUAUGUGCAAAUUCUCUGGUAACUCAAUACGUUUUAGUGCAUCCAGCGGUACAGUAGUGUCUACAGACUGUUGAUAGAAAGCAACCACAUCACCCACUGUGGUCAGCUCAUGCACUUGGGAAUUGGGCACAGAAUGCUGCAGUUCCUCGAAGCAGGCCGACAAAAACUUGAAUUUCUCACUUAAAUCGGAGAAUUUUCGUUGAUCGCCGCCGUUGCUCAACUGCAAUUUGGUGGCAACAGCGCGUACACGUUCGGCAGCAUCCUGAACUGGAGCAUAGGGCU